AUGAACGGAAUUACUUUGCUUUUUCUCUGCGCUCUUCUGACGGAUUUAGUUCGUGUUGGAGAUGCCACGGAUCCCUUCUUCGGGAGCCACCGCAGCGACGCGGCGCUGCACCGGAUGCGCGGUCUCCCGCAGCCGGCUGGCAGCGGUCGCGGCAACAGGCUGCCGCUGUACAUGAUGCAGCUGUACCGCACGCUGCGGGCCGAGCAUGUGACCACCAAGGCCCUGGCGAUGGGCCCCGCGUCGGGGGUCCGGCACGACGACAACCCCGGCCUGCACCAGGCGGACGCUGUGAUCAACCUCGUCGCCAAAGCUUGCCAGCAGAGAGGAGAGAGAUGGUCGGUGACCUUCGACCUGUCCUCCAUCACCGACAGCGAGAACGUCCAGCGCUCGGAGCUGCGCCUCCGCCUGCCCGCCUUCUCCCAGUCCCCCCGGGCCACCGUGGCCCUCUACCACUCCUCCCUGCGGGGGGGCGGCACCGCCGUGCUCCUGGGCCGUCUUAGGGCCCGCCCCGCCUCCAUGACCUCCACCUCCUCCUGGAAGGUGUUCAACAUGACGGAGCUGCUCGUGGAGCACGCGCCCGCCCACCAGGUGAUGUUGGUGGUGUUCUCCAAGCAGAGCCCCGGCUCCGGGGGCCGGCGAGGGAACACGCUGAUCCACACAGCCGAGCAGUCCAAGUACGUGAGCCUGGAGAGGGAGCGAAGCCCCCACGGCAGUGGGUCGGGCCACCGAGCCAAGAGGCACCAGCCCCAGCACAACCAUCAGCACCACCACCACCACAAGCAGGAGAACAGAGGUCAGGUGCACCAGGCUGUGGCCUACCCCGCGCCCCCCGCUCCAGCUGUGGAGGAGAAGCCCGGCCAGCUGUGCCGGAAGGUGGACAUGUGGGUGGACUUCGGUCGGAUCGGCUGGAGCGAGUGGAUCGUGUACCCCAAGAGGUACAACGCGUACCGCUGCGAGGGCGCCUGUCCCAGCCCCCUGGACGAGACGUACACGCCGACCAACCACGCCUACAUGCAGAGUCUCCUGAAGCUCCAUCACCCGAAGAAGGCCCCGUGUCCGUCCUGCGUGCCCACGCGCCUGGCGCCGCUCUCCAUGCUCUACUACGAGAACGGCAAGAUGGUGAUGAGGCACCACGAGGACAUGGUGGUGGAGCAGUGCGGAUGCCAUUGAUUCAGAGAUUUCAUUGGAUAUUUUUUGCUGUGAGACACUGCCCCUUGUAGGAUCUAAAAAAACUGCAAAAAUGGCGAUCGACGCUACGCACAGACCUCCCUUUGGCACUUAAUUUUGGACGGCAACGAUCGUUGAGAAAAUUAAAAAUAUUGCUCGGUUUCAGGGUCCAUAUUGAAUAUUGCAGGAAAAUUAUGUAAAAUAACGAUUCAGAAUAUAUUCAUUGAAAUCUUUUUUGUAAAGUUUGGAGUUCGGGCUACCGUUUGAGGUGGACAUCAAUUAUAAAUGAUCAACGCUAAAAGUAGACUAUCGGCCUAUAAAAGGGGCUGAUUGAGUUGCAAACAUGCCGUUUUAGGCCAUGUAUUGUUCAACCCCAUCCUGGCCAUUAAUCAGGGAAAGUUCUGCGGACUGCCUCGUUAAAACGUGUCGAUAACAAAAUCCUUCCAGAAUCACCAACCUACGCACUUUCUGACAGAAUAAAGCCGUCCAUAAACGGUCACUUCUGUUCCACGCACCAUGCGUGGCGGUACCUCCAUGCUUUGCGGAGCACACUGUACAGAGUUAACCACGGAGCCAACAUUUUACCGCUCUUUAGGUCAUAUUAACCCAUAUAUAUGUUCGCUGUAUUGAAUAAAACAUUUAACGUUUUCAUAUUUUCGC